AUGGAUCGGAACCUAAAUGAGCUGCUCAAAUGGAGCAUCGAGAACACCAGCACGACAGGGAACGACCCCUCGGCCGCGCCGCCCACCAGCCGCGGCCUCAGCACGGAGGCGCUCGCGGCACUGAUGGGCGGACCCUCGGACGCGGAGCUGAUGCAGGCCGCCAUGUCGGUCAUCACCAACACGGACCCCUCCGUGUCGCUCGACGACAAGCUGACGGCCUUUGACAACUUCGAGCAGCUGAUCGAGUCGCUCGACAACGCCAACAACAUGGCCAACCUGUCGCUGUGGUCGCCCCUGCUGUCCAUGCUCGAGCACGACGAGGCCGAGCUGCGCAAGUACGCCGCCUGGUGCGUCGGCACCGCCGUCCAGAACAACAGCCCCAGCCAGGAGCGCCUAUUCGCCCUCGGCGGCAUCCCGCGCCUCAUAGGCGUGGCUACCAAGGCCGACGAGAACAACGAGGUACGGCGGAAGGCCAUCUAUGCCUUGAGCUCGGCUGUGAGGAAUUACCAGCCAGCCAUGGACGUCUGCACAGAGGAGCUGGCGAAGCAGGGCCGGCCAGCUACGAAGGUCGAUGCCACAAAUAUGGACGCUGUCACGGCAGUCAUGGAUGGUUUGAAAGGACAGCCCAAUGGGACGGCAUAA